CAGACAGCGAGACAGGAUGUUCUCUACUUUUAUAUUCUAUGGUUUGUUUUUUUCAGCGUAUGCAAUGUGUUUACAGUGCAUGUUUCCUCACUAUGUUUUGGCAAGACAGAGCAUGAGUUUUGACAGCGCCUGUGAGAGCUCCUGAUCACAGUCAGAAGGGGAACCGGUGCCUGAGGGGAGGAGAUUCUGGGCAAGACACAGCUACAAACACCUUCAAGACUAAGGAUUUAACUUUUUGAUACCUGCCUGCCUGGGACAUCUCCUACUGCAGUGGAAGUAGCACAGUUUAUUCUGCAGUUAUGUCCAGCAUAAACCCAGUGCCUCAAAAUUUAAGCGACCACUGCAAAGUACCCAAUAAUCUGACAUAUAAUGUGCUCUCCUGGGUGAUGGUCGCAGAGUUUGUGCUGGGUCUGCCUCUCAACCUGUCGGUCCUCUACAUCUUCAUCUUCAGAUUCAAGUUCUGGAAGAACAAAUGUAUCUUCCUCUUCAAUAUUGUGGUUGCUGAUUUCUUGCUGGUGGCCUGUCUUCCUGCCAAAGCUUACCACUACCAGCACGGCCUGAGGCGCAGCACGGACCGUGUGACGUGUAAGACAUUGCUCUUCAUGUUGUUUCUCAACCGAGGAGCUAGUAUUGCCUUCCUCAUCACCCUGUCCCUCGAUCGCUACUUCAACGUCGUCCAUCUUGGAAGGAGAAAUUUUGUCAAAGUGCUGAAGAAAUCUCCCCAGAUUUCCAUCAUCAUCUGGCUCCUCCUGCUGCCCCUCACCAUCCCCACUAUGGUCCAGACCUUCGAGUGCUGCAACAGCCACGGCCGAAUGAAUGAGACGUAUUUUCACGAUGUGACAGACACCUUCAGAGAGAUCGUCUUCUUCAGCCAGAUCAUCAUCCCCUUCUUCAUCCUUGUCUAUUGCUCGGUACGCAUCAUCAACCGGCUGAGGAAGAAAACGGUCGGGGAAAAGACCAAACUGAGGAGAGCUGUGUGGGUGGUCAUGUCUGUUGUUGUUGUCUUCUCCGUGUGCUUCCUACCCUGCACGAUAGCCCGAGCGGUGCUGCUGGGGGUCAGGCUGAUAGAGUGGCAGAAGGCCGAGGACAUAGUGGUUCAGGUCUACGACAGCCUCAUGGUUUUGUCGUACAUUGACUGCCUGCUGGACCCGCUGGUAUACUGCUUCUGUACCUCAGGGUUUAAAGAUGCUUACGUAUCCACCUUCUGUCCCACAUUUCUUCAGAAGAGACUUUUAAGUCCUGACUUUGGCAUGAGAACCGGACCAACAAUCACAACUACAACUUCUGGAGUGAGAAACAUUUCUUUGCCGUUGGCAGAGAAAUGAUUUGUUUCUCUUGAACUGUAAUUAAAACGAUCUACAAAGGAACAUCAGAAUUCCACCUCAGCCUCCACCCACACAGAUGUUUUCCGCUUCUGUGGCAGGUUAGACUGGAAGAGUUUGGCAGAGCAAUGCUCAUCAUUCAUGGUCAUCGAAUACCCUUUACUGGAAGGCUGAAAGCACACCAGAUGCAGUGAGGGUGCCCAACAUCACAGGCUUAGUUGUCUGUCUGUCAUCAGUCAAAAUGCAGCACACGCCUAUAAGAAGGUUUCUUAAAAGGGUUUUUACAUAGUAUACUAGUACUGCUCUUGACAAUAUUCGUCAUUGUAAUCCUCCAUUAUAGGACAGAUCAAAGUUUUUAGUAACCUUCUAUUGGAGCUUUUCAAGAGACUUUACUUUCUGCACUUAUUUUUUUCUUUCUGAAAUUCAAUAAGAAAUACAGUUGUUCUCUCCCUUCUGCCACCAGGAGGCAGAAAAACAGAAAACAACAAGUAGUCAGGUAAGAAGUCAGAGAGAUGUCAUUCAAGCUUUGUCUGUACAUGUACAUACAGUCCUGUGAAGAGGGUUGAUAAACCAAAAUAACAGCAAACACAAGUGUAGGUGUGCAGGGAAUUAAGGUGAAGUAACGGGCUCAUGUACUGGAUUGAGAUCCUGUCUGACUGGUUUCACACUCAUAUGGCUUCAGAUUAUGUGAAUUAAAAUCAUUUACAAGAAUAUAAGACAAUGUGUUAGAUGUAAAUGUACUGUUUAAAUGGCACAAUUAAAAUAGCACAAUUUAAAUAUAUAUUUUUAUAUUAUUAUUUACUUGAAUGUAUUGAGGUAUUUUAACUUAUUAGGAUUUAUUCCAAAGCAGGUGUAAAGGAGCUGAGAGGUUAUGGCAUUUACUUUGGGACUGCAUAUUACUGCAUAUGAUACAAAGUACUCCAGCAGAGCACGGAAAAGUCCAACAUACUGUUUGGAAAGUUGUUAAAGGCUGCUGUACUGUACAUGUACCCUGGCAGUGUUUGCAGAGCUCUCAUUCAUCCCUCAGGAAACUCAGUUUCUCUGUAUGUUAAGCAUCAUGUUCAUGUUCAUCAGUACCUCACAGUCUGAUAUGUCCCCAGUGCUUGUUUACCUUCUGGGCAACAUAUUUCAAGCUCCACCAAAUUUUCUGGCAUUACUCAACUUUGUGUAUUUACAGCUCAGUGUAUCCCAAAAUGUCUUUAUGCUGUUGCAUUUUCACUGCCAGUCUGCGCGUCUUGUAAUCUCCUUUAUAAUCAAAGUAAAAUAUGUUAAAAUUAUGUUAAAACAAAUACUAUAAAAAUGUCAAAGCCGAGAAAAUGACAGAAACUUUGAAGGCAUUUUAAACUGUGUAAAUGUUUUUUGUGAUGUUGAUUAUCGAAACUGAAUUAUCUGUAUAACAUCGAGUUGUCGGCUGAAGAUCUUUGUGUACUGCUGCUGUAAACACACAGAAUACAGGUGACAGAGUUAAUACAACUGCACUGAACUACA